UAACGCUCAGCAUGAAUGCACGUACGCCGCGUUGUCCGUUGUUUCGCUCCGUUAUCGCUGUGCGCCCUCGAUAAUAAUGAUUAUUAUUUUUGUCAUCAUUAAUUAUCUACUUUUAUUAAAAUAUUUAUAAUAUUAGAUAAUUAUGAAUAAAGGCACCCGUAAUCCGUCUAAGAGACAUUUGUCUAAUUCGUCGCUAUCGCCGAAUCUUGCCGACAAAAAAUCGAAAGUUUUUACUUCACCAAAUCGCUUCGCCGUACUUGCCACAAACGACUCCACCGACAAAUCAGCUGCAGCCACGUCCUCAUCCAAUCCGAUGGAUGCUCCUUUAGAGAGCCAACCUCACACUGAUCACGUCAGGGAUCCCCCGAUUCCACCUAACUUCGUUAAAAACAUAGAGGACUUCUCCGCCUUCAAAUCCGACUUGAUCGACAUCACCAGCCCGAAUGGUUUCACCUGCAGGGCGUCUUCAUCAUACCUUAAGGUUCAACCUCUUAGCCGCAUUUACUAUAAUAGUAUCUUGCAACAUUUACACGAAAUCGAUUCCAGUUUCCACACAUACACCCCCCGUCACCUCCGCACCUACAGGUGUGUCAUAAGAAACCUGCACCACUCCACGUUAGUGCCCGAUAUAAUUAACGCGUUGGCCCAAUUAGGUCACAGUGUCAAAUUUGUUCACAACGUCAAAAACAAAGAUAAAAGCCCCCUUCCUCUAUUCUUUGUAGAGGUUAAACCUCAAGACAAUAACAACGACAUUCUGGGCAUCUCUUCGCUUCUCAAUACAAAAGUUUCUAUCGAGAAACCACACAUCAAAAAAAGGAGGUCCUCCUCAAUGUCACAAUUGUCAAGAUUAUGGACACACGAAAAAAAAUUGUCAUCACCUUCCAAGAUGCGUCAAAUGCGGGGAAGACCAUCACACGGAGGACUGCACCAAAGACCGCAGCAGUCCUGCCAAAUGCGCCUUGUGCUCCAAGGACCACACCUCCAAUUACAAGGGCUGCCCGGCAUUCAAGGCCGCUUUCAAAAAAGCCUAUCCGAAAGUCCCUCGGAAAGGCCCGAUUUCCAAUCCUCAUCAAACCACACACAAAUCAUACGCAGAAGCCACCAGAAAUCAAAGUCCACAUCCCAAUCAAGUCGGCGAAAUUUUUUCUAGUUUCAUUUCUAAUUUGAGAUCACUAAUCGAUCCCCUCAUCUCCCUCCUCUCCUCUGUACUAAAUUCACUGAUUGCUAAAGGUAUUAUUUCUCCAUAAUUAUCUCCGUCAUACCAAUUACUGCUCAUUAUAAUUUAUCACACAUUUACACUCCACUUGGAGAUAGUAAAUAUAAGAUAACAAUAAUCUGUUACUAUUAAAAUGUUUAUUCACGUGCUGGGUGUUACCACUGGGUAACUCCCCAUAAUCAUAAUAU